UUUACAUUUUCUCAGUGUCUAGGAUCCACCAACACCGGGAUAAAGAAUGGAGAAGAUAUUUCUGUUCGGGCUGCUUCUGUUUUGGAAUGUUGUGCUCAGUACAACCUGUGAGCUCUCUAAUAUUACGAUUGUGCUGGAAAAGGAGGAAUGUGGAGCCUGCGUUUCUGUGAAUUCAACUUGGUGCUCAGGAUACUGCUACACCUUGGAUCCAAAUUUAAUGUACCCACAGAAAUCGGAGAAGCAAGGUGUCUGCACGUACACUGAGGUCAUUUAUGAAACCGUGAAAAUUCCAGGAUGUGCUGAGAAUGUAAAUCCUUUCUACACUUAUCCGGUGGCUGUUGACUGUCACUGUGGGCGGUGCGAUUCAGAAACCACUGAUUGUACAGUAAGGGCUUUAGGGCCCACUUACUGUUCUCUGAGUCAAGACUAAGUAACAGAGAUGGCACUCUUAUACUUUCCAACCUGACUUACAUAUGCUUGUCUCUGCAAUGCCAAGGCUUCUAACUAAGGUGGGGCAACCAAAGCCCUUCAGCUGUUGAGGAACUACAUACUCUACAUACUAGACUACAUAGUCUAGUGGGCACAAUCUCUACCUUGUUCAAUUAGUGAAUGCCAUAUAUUAAUUGA